CGAUGGCGGUACCGCCGUGACAUCACCCCGCGGCUUAUAUAGUUGGGGAAGGGUCUGGGUCCCCCGUCUGGUGCCUGCAGCCGCCCGUCAGCACGCGUGCGGAGGGCGAGGAGCGGCGGGGCUCUGUCUGUCUCUGUCUCUCUGUCUCUCUGUCUCUGUCUCUCUCUCCGUCUCUCCCUAGGAUUUAUGGACUUUACUUUCUAGAGGGCGGCGCGGCAAGGAUGAGAGUGCAGCUGGCGUGCGUGGUGCUGCUGGCCCUGGCCUCCUGCAGCCUCUGCUCGGAUUCAGAAGAGGAAAUGAAAGCAUUAGAAGCAGAUUUAUUGACCAAUAUGUACACAUCAAAGAUUAACAGAGCAAAACUUCCUUACUGGAAAGUGACCCUGCUAAAUGUCUGCAAUCUUGUCAACAACAUAAACAACCAAAUGGGGGAAACAGUAGAGGUAGAUGAGGAGGAUCUGGUUCCAGGAAGACAGUUCCCUGCCGCUCUGGAUGGCUUCAGCUUGGAAGCAAUGCUGACAGUAUAUCAACUCCAAAAAGUUUGCCACAGCAGAGCUUUUCAGCACUGGGAGUUACUACAGCAAGAUGCUUUUGAUCUGGAGAACUCAAGCCAAGAAAAAGAAAUCAUGAAGAGAAAAAAUCCCUAUAUUCUGAAACGGCAGCUACAUGUGAACAAAGCUAGAAGACCAUACAUACUCAAGAGAAGUUCAUAUUACUGAUGCAGCAGAAGAAAACAAUGUAUAUUUAGUUCAUAGGUAACUGUGCAUUAUGGUUAUCUUAUCUAAAUCUAAAAUCAUACUUGUGUGAAAAUAUACUCUGGAAAAUCAAGAUGAUAACAUAGCUGUGUCUUUUUUGCAAUUGCUGUUUCUUGAUUGUGGAUUUUUCCUACUUGAGAUAAUUGGACUAAUACAUUUGCGAAUAAAACUAGUUUUUAAGCAUGAUGUAUUGUACAAAACUGAGAUUUCAACAUGCUUUCAAACAAUCUUGUAGUCUUUUCCAGUUUUAUAAAGCACACCAACAUAACACCAAGUAAAUUGAUAUUGUCCAUAAAUCCUACUGAGAAUCUUACAGACUCUUAAUGCAACACCUCAAACAUGUAAAUGUUUCCAAAUUUCUUGAAUAAUAUAGUAGUAAGCAGUGCCACAGUAUUUUAUGUUUUGACUAGUUUAAUUUAUUAGCAAUAGGUCCAAGGAAGAAAAGGAUUAACUAUUAAAUGGCAGUUUCAAAAUGAAUAUUUUAAAUAGCUUGCUUGUAAUUGAAUUUUGAAUUUUUUAUUUCUAAUCUAUGAAUGCUCAGGAAAAACAAAAAACAACAAGAAAUUUAGUGAAAUGUUGGAAAGAUUAAUUGAAAGUAGAACAUCUUAAAAUUACUAUUGAAAGGCAUUGCCUUUCCCUCCUUCCACAAAUUUGUAUAAAACAGGAAGUUUCAGAGUUGAAAACAGUCUUGGAAGCUAACAGAGAGGGAGGGUCACAGCAUGGGAAAAAAUGUUUUCAAGCCAUGAGGAAUCAACUGUUGCCUGAAAGUUACACAUUUUCCAGUUCCAUGUUUGUGAUGUGUGCAUGAGAUUUGGGAUCUCAAUGAUUCUGGGUUCCAGUUUGGAGGAAAAGUCUGAAUGGGCUGGGGCCCACAACAACCAUGAAAAGUGAGGGGUUGUCCAAGACCUGUGAAGCCUGGAUGCUCAGACCAGAAGGCAAAAGUGGGACAGACAUUGUUUUUGAAAACUUACCUGUUUCCUGUUUGAUGUAUUUCCUCAAAGCAAUUCUCCUCCAACAAAUAAACACACCAUCACAACCCCCCCCCCAAAAAAAAAAAUCUAACAAAAAAUGCCCUCAAACAGCCAAGAACCCAACAGAAACCCAAACACUUGGAGAAUUUUCAAAUCCUCUCACAAGGUUGUUACACUUUGUUUCAUGGGGAGGGAAGGAGUUUUUAAAGUAAAAUGUAUUUUAACAAUAUUAAAGCUAAUUAUAUUUCCUUUUCUCACUGCAAAUAUUAUUAAUCAGUUUAUUCAUUCAAUAACCCUUAAAUGCAUGCACUGACAAGAAAUACCUGAGCAUAAACUAAUUAUUGCAAUAAUCAUUAUGACUCAAAUACAGCAAAGCAAUUAAGUACAUUCAGUCUCAAUGUUUUAAGUGCUUAAUGUGCUUAAGGGCUUUGCUUAAAUAAGUAAAUUCACACCCCUUGCUUUUUUUACAAAACACAUUGAAUUAGACUGGAGACCCAGCAUGCUCUCAAGUGGUUAAGAAAUGCUUUCUUUCCAACAAACUUGUAACAUCCCUAGUCCUAUUAUGGAUAUUUGCAUUCUAAAAUGCCUUUUGCUCUGAUAUAACAAAGCAGAGCAGUUUGUUCCAAAAUUCGCCGCUUGCAGAACCUGAGGACAAAAAAGAAAA